CACCCAGGUCGCAUCAGGCGCCCACCAGGCCCAAAGGCCGCUAGCGCAAGGGGAGCCCUUCGCCUCAAGCACGCUGCCCCAGGAAAUGGGACAGGACAGCACCGCGCGACUCUAGCCCGGCCGAGGCCAGGCCGCCCGCACACACACAGACGGUCAGGGUGGCAACUGGGAAAAGUAGCUAGUUCGUAGAAUGGCCAUCGCGUAUCGGGCUGGACAGUCCAAUGGCUUCAAUCUCCGAAACCCCACGGUCUCGCUGGGGGUUGACGUAACGCCCAAAAAUCGCGCGGCUGACCCGGCCCUGCUCCAGCGGCCGAACGCUGGCGGAACGCACGGCACCGACCAGGGUAGAAUCGCCGGGACGUCACUGGUGCAUGCUUGCCUGGCCUGGUGGUCCGUGGGCGCUGGAGCUGGGCCGCACCUGGGAAGGGCGUUUCUCCGGGGCCCAACACGCCCACACGCGACUGUCCUUAAGAAGGCUGCCGUCGCGCCAUCCAGAAAUUUUGCUCCUCGCUCUUGUUCGUCCCCUCGUCUCCAGAUCGAGCGUACAAGUGUGCUGCUGCGCCUGGCUCCUGUCGCAACCCCUCCCGCAGCGGCGGAUCCUCCCCUCCUCUCUGAUAUUCUUUCUCUCUUCCACCCUACGCAUCCAACUUGCGCCUCUACGAACCAUCAGAGACCCCUACCACUUAGUAUAAUACCUUAAUAUUCCCAUCACCAUGGGCAAGCACGGCAAAGACGUCGAGAAGGGCGACCCCGCCCAGGAGUCUCACCGCGACGAGUACGAGGGUCUGGACGAGUACGCUGCUCUCCAGAAGUUCAUCACCACCUACCGCGACCCCAAGGCCGCCCAUGGCGAGUCCACCGAGGCCGCCGGCGAGGGCGAGGGCAAGAAGAGGGGCUGCUG